ACCAGGGGCGGACUGACCAUUUGGAAACUCGGGCACUGCCCGAGGGCCCGGGAUCAGUAGGGGGCCCCAUGAGAUACCCCUGGUACCUUUUUCAUAGGCUUUUUUGUGUUUGGGCAAGGACACAGGGGCCCCAUGAUCCCCUAUUGCCCGGGGGCCCUAUGAGUUGUCAGUCCGCCCCUGCUUACAUUUGGCCACACUGUACAUUGAACGUUGGGUUGAAAAGGUUAUCAGCCUGAGUCCAUCAU